GCAGAAACCGGAAGUGCUCUGUUUUGUUGCCAGCAACCGUUAUUGUUUCCAGCUUAGUCGCUUUUUUGUCAGCUGUACUUUUUCACCUUCCUGACGUCUCUUUUUGUUUUUAAUAUACUUAAUGAACUUCGUAAACCUCACUUUUCCGCAGUAUCUUCUGUCAUUUACCGAGUUUUAACACUCCAGCUACCAUUCGUUCCGUAUAAUACUGAAGCGGGAAGUUUAAAAGUUGCUGAGGUUAGCCUGCCGGCUAACGGCGGGCUAAUAAACCGCAAAUCAGCUUUAAUUAAAACUUUAAUCGUCAGUAUGGUGCAUCACCCGGACUCCAGCUCAGGCAAACUGUGGCAGUCAUCUGGUGAAACCAGCCCGGAUCAGUCGGACACCGGGGACGUUUUAAUCCACUCCACUAGAGUUCUUCUCCCGGAACGAAGACAUGAAGCCGGCCCAGGUUCUGUAAAGAUAACCGUCCGGAAACUGCGGGACCUUCCUUCCCGGCUCCCUGUGGCUGAGCAACAGAAGCAGAGCUAUGGGACAAAGAAACAGCAAAAAGCGAACGAUGCUCCUCCUCUCCGGACAGUAGUUACCCGUCAGCCCGACAGGCGGACCCUGACGAAACCUGAGCUGACCAAAGAGAACAGCCAGUCUGCAGCAGCCGAGUCGAGUCCCAACAGGAAGCUCUCAGCUGGGCCACAUGACCAGCAGCAGCCUGGUCACGACCUCCUGACGUCACGUUUUGAAGCUGGCGUUCGAGGAGUCGUGCUCACAGCUCUGAAACAGCGCUCUCACAGUGCCCCCUGCAGGAGGGAAGUCAGAGUGCAGCUGCUGGACCCCCUUCCACCUUCUGGUCGGAGGAGCAGCUCCCAGGAUGCAGUGGGUGUCGCCGCGGGGGUCCAGACGGAGGCGGAACUGUUCCCUGGUUGCUCGAGAGUUGACACAAACGCUGCUGCUCUCAUUAAGGUGGAGGCUCAAGUGUCUCAGCUGACUGAUGGUGUAAACAAACUGCUGCAGACUGACAGGGACAGGGGGUGGAGCCUGAGCCAGCAGUCGCUGCAUCACUUGGAGGUGCUGCACAGCCAACAGCUGCAGCUGCAGAGCCAGCUGCUGGAGUCAGCCCUCAGGAUAGUGACAAGCCACACCCCUGUGACCUCUACGACCUCUGACCCUGCUGUGACCCCUGAUCUCACAUCUACAGGUGAGCCAGCCCAUCUGCAGCUCACUGGCCUGGACGCUGCAGCAAACGUUCACAGCCCCUGGCAGCCAAGCUCCGCAGCAACCGCCGCCUCUGAGACUAGCCCAGUUGCCAUGGAAACACCCCGCCGUGACCAAUGGCCGCAGCAAACCAGUGUUUCCACAGCAACCCAGCCAGCUGCAGGAAGUCACCUCCAGUCUUCAGCUAAUCACAGUCAGGCAGCAGCAAGGAGGACCAAUGACAUGCUGAGGGAGAUGGGACGUUUGAAGACUGAGAUGAAGAUGCUGCUGAUGCCAGAGGGGUCUCAAAAAGCCAUGAGAACUGGUCCAGAGCACCGCCAAUUCCAACAGAAUCUGGUUCAGCAGUCCUGUCCCCAGCAACUCCAGCUCCAACAAAAUCUCUUCAAAUCAAGCCACUUCCAAUCCAAGUACCAACAGUCUAAGUCCCAGCAAACUCAGCCCGAACAAAACCAGUCUCAUUCCCAACAAACCCACUCCCAGUCCCAUCAAAACUCUCUCCAAAAAAAUUUCAUUCAACAAAACCACUUCCAGUCCAAGUCCCAACAAAACCAAUCUCAAUCCCAACAACCCCACUCCCAGUCUCAUCAAAUGCUUGUCCAACAAAGCCAGUCACAAAAAGAUCAAACCAGUCGAAUCCAGUCCCAGCAGUUCCAGAGCAGGCCUGUGGUUCCAUCCAUGUUGGAGGAGGCAGGUCAGGUUCUUCGUCAGGUUCAGAGGCAGAAGAAGGUUUUGGAGGAGAACCUGGAGGCUCUGCAGAGAGGCAAAACAGGAGAGGUCCUGCACUGCCAAUUGGAGGCACUGGCUGCUAAAAGAGACUGGACUGACAAGGUUCGGGUCAAGAAGACAGUGGACGCCUGGAUCCACACUGUAACCAAAGAUGUCCAGGCAGAGAUGUCUUCAAAGGACACUGCCACCAAACACUCAGCCAGGAGAGAUGCCAUGAUGACAUCACAGCAGAAGGUUUCUGGGAGGCCUACCCAUUCAGGCAAGGGGAGGCCAGUGAGCGUGCUCAGAGGAACAGCAAGUAAGACUGCAGCAGAGAGAGGAAGUAGGGAACGGACAGCUGGACACAGCCUGCUGCAGAGAGCAGAGCCUGAUGGAACCACCAGUAGAACAACAGACAGCCAGCAGGUGGAGGUGGAUGGAGAGUCCUACCUGUCUCGUCUGUAUGGCAGAGCUCCGUAUGAAGGUCUGAGACGAACACUGAAGAAAAGUCCAUACCUUCGCUUUUGCUCUCCUGGCUCGCCACUCAGCAGGAAGCCCCGCCCCCGGCUGGUGGAGAGCGUCAGAGGUGUAAAGGUGAAGUCAUGUAAGACUCAGACGUGUUUGGCUCCUCCCCUCAGCCUGACCCCUGCACCACCUCAGCAUUAUUGCAUCAUCAGCCCCUCCCGCCUGACCUCUGGUGACCCCACUGGCCUCACAGCAACCUCUGCUGACAGUUACUCUGUUCCCAUAGCAAUCCCACUGGGUCACCCCAGGGCGGACCCCAGGUGUCUCGCUGAGCGUCAACAGGAAGUGACAUGCCCACCCACAGCUCGUCCCACAUCUAGUGUGGUUGCUGUGGAUUACAAGCGUCAGUCACAGGAGGCAGACCAGCUGAAUGCAGGUGAAGCUCCUCCUCCUCCUCCUCCUCAUCCUCAUGUUGAUGUUAUUGAGAGGAAGAGUGAAGAAGAGGAGGACGAAGAGAACAUCUUCCCCGGAACAGACUUCCUGUCUGUAGCUGAUGUUGUCCAGGAGGAACUUAGUGUUGUGGGUGAGGAGGUGGUAGAGUUGGAUGGAGGUCCAUCUCCUCCUCUUGUCCUGUAUCAGGGUCCGGUCUUCCCUCCUCAGGCCCCCUCUGUCCUCCCUGCCCAGGAUCACACCUCCUUUGAGGGCCUCAACCAGCGGAGAGACGCCCUGGAGAGCCGGCUGGUGGAAUGGGUGGAGCAGCAGCUCAUGGCCAGAAUGAUCUCAGAGAUGUACCGCACUCCUCCCUCUGACCCCGCCCAGACCCACUCCACUGACCAAUCAGAGGAUCAGGAGCAGAGUGUCAGCUCGGACAUUGGGGUAGAGGCAGCAGGAGGUGGAGGCCUACAGCUGUUUGUGGACUCCAACGUGGCUGUGGACUCUGCUCUGAUCAGGCAGCUGGUCGAUGAGGUUCUGACUGAGCACAUUGUACUGAUGCUGGGACACAGAGAUGCACUGGAAACAGGACCAGAACCAGGAAUGAAACCACCAGAGCCGGGUCUAGAAGCAGACCAGGAGGAAAAACUGGUACCACUGGUUCCUACACUAGCACCCAUCCCUUCACCCAGCCCAACCCCGCCCAGCAGACAGACACCACCUCUGGCCACACCCUCUCCUUUUGAGCCAACCAGCCUGCUGAACAAGGAGUCUCCUCAGCCAAUCACAGCACCGGAGCCUGUAGCCACGCCCACCUCCAGCCCAGAGCCCACCCACCCUCCAGGAAGUCCUCCUGUUCUGUGUCAUGCCCCGCCCCCUCUCCCCUGGGGAGAUGCUGAGCUGCCAUUGGAUGAAGAGAGACCAGAGGAACACCUCGACACACACUCUCAGGCUCUCCUGAUGUCAGUAGCUGAGGAGGAGCCUCCUCUCUCCUCCCCUCCUCCUCCCCCCUCCAUCCCUCCUGUUUCCUCCCUGUCUCCUCCCCCUCCCCACAGUCCUGAUCCCAGACCAGCGUCCCCCUGCAGCUCCUCAGAGGACCCCAGCACCUCUAACACCAGCAGCUCCAGUGGCAGCAGCAGCAGUGUGGUGACAGCAGGGACUGAUGCAGCUCUCAAACACAUCUCAGAGGGAGAACUGCUCAUCAGUGUCAACCAGCUGACUGCCAUGACAGAGGAGGAGGCUGUCUGCAGUUUCUCUAGCUCUCUCCAGGAGCUGCAGGAGAUGGACUUUGACCCCCCCAGUGAAGGACAGGUCAGAGGUCAUGACCUCCUGCUGACUCUCCUGACCAAGAUGAAGCAAGGAGUCACACACACACACGGAGGAGAGAGACCACAGCCAGACGGCUCCUGGUGGAGGGAUCAGGAGGAGGAGGAUGAGGUGGUGAGUGUUGGGGAGGUGAUAGAUGACCGGACUCCAAAACCUCACCAAACUUCAAAUCUCAAGAACUGCAGAAAGAGUGCCGCCCACCAGGGUCAACCCUCCUCCUCACCUGGACAGAUCAGUCAGAGUGCAGAGGUGUCAGAAGUCAUUUUUGAAGCGACCAGUCAGGGUUCGGUAACCAUGGAUGACCUGAUGAUGGAGCCAGUUGGUGCACUGACCUCUGACCUCCAGGCUGACCUGUUGUCUCCUCCUUCACUGCUGGUGGACACACAUGCUGUCGAACAGGUAGCUCCUGUCCUGGUCAGAGCAUAUGAACCACAAACAGCAGGAAACAGGAGGAUGGAAGUUCAUCUGCCUUCCGUCAGACUGGAGGAGGAGAUGAUGGAGGAGAAAGCAGCAGAUACAGACUCCUCCACCAUCGAUGUUUUCUAGAGAGACUAAACUUCUGCUGUGAGCUGCAUCAUGAGGUCAAUUUGAUUGGUGACAGAUAGAUUAUUGACUUAUUUUUGUCUGAUUGUUCACAGAAUAAAUAGAUUUUUUUAAAGUUUAUUUUUAAUAUGAAUAAACUGAAACUGCAAAGUAACAAA